AUGGAAAAUUUGGGGACAGGGCGGGGUGGGGAGGGGAAAGCCGGGAUUGAGACCAUAUGGAUGAAAAUGAAAGGGGGGGAGGGAGGCUUCAAGGAUGGGCCCCUCCCCCCACCAGCUCUUUUCGCUCCCUUCCCCCCACCCUCUCACGUGACCAACAACCGCCCGUCACCCCCACCCCUUUUACCUCAGUGCAGUCAAGGGCGGAGGCGACACCGGCGCCGCCGUCAAAUCAGCAGCCUGGCGGGGGACAACGAGCGGCGACGAAGCCAGCGGGACAGAGGCCGCCCAGCCCCAUCACGGAGCCCCCAGGCCGGGGAAGAGCGGCAUCACAGAGAGGAGCGGCGGCGGGGCGGGGAGAGGGGAGAGAGAAAAGGGCGAGGAUAA